CCAAAGUCAGUUCCCAGCUGUGGGAGAGGCGACAGCAUGCGCAUCUACAUACUCGUAGCACUGUGCGCUCUGGUGGCCGUUGCCGCGGCACACGGCGGUGGUCGAGGCGGUCCAGGUGGCUCAGGCGGUGGUCGAGGCGGUCCAGGUGGUACAGGUGGUACAGGUGGUCCAGGUGGUCCAGGUGGUCCAGGUGGCUCAGGCAGCCAAGCUGGCUUCGGUGGUCCAGGCGGUGGUCGAGGCGGUCCAGGUGGUCCAGGUGGCUCAGGCGGUGGUCGAGGCGGUCCAGGUAGCCACGGUGGUUUCGGUGGUCCAGGCGGCCGUGGUGGGUAUUUUGGACCUGGUGGUCGUGGUCCAGGCGGUCAUGGACCAGAUUGUUGGCAUGGCGGACACGGCAAACACUCCACUACCACCACCGAGGCCAGCACCACUGCAGGUAGCACCACUGAAAGUGGCACCACGAACGCCAGCACCACUGUAUCUAGCACGAGUGUGGGCACCACCACCGAUGCUCCCACCACUGAUGGCUCUAACAGCGGCUAGGCUCAUGCUGCCACAGCAGCUGGCUCUUCUUCUUAUAUAAUAAAAACAUGUAUU